AUGGGCAAAACAUUCAAGAACAUCCACGCCUGCUCGGCGGGGAAGUUUGACGUGAACGCCGACAAGAUCCCCCAAUGGAUCCGGGCCAAUGGAGGACACUACUCGAAGGAUAUCGGCGACGAAAUCACGCACCUGAUCGUGAGUAAAGAGGCCUAUAAGAAUGACAUUGAGAUAGUGCGCAAGGCCAAGCGUGUGAAGUCCAUCAAGAUCGUCUCCUUCGAUUGGCUGGAGGACUCCCUCCAGUCUAAGAAUCGAAGACCCAAGCGGGAGACGGAGUAUCUUCUUGAAAAUAUCCUCAUGGCUGAGAAGAAAGCUAACGAGAAGAAGAAGGGGAAGAGAGAAAGAAGUGGCAAGAAGGAGGAUCACAGGUCGGAAGAUGCACGGUCUCAGAAGAAACGCGCAGUAAAUCCGAAGCCCGAGGACCCGUUCCGUAAGAAAAAGAAGGGAGUGAAGGCGGGGAGUGCUGCUUGUAUGUCCACCAGGGUGACGUACGAUGCGACGCUUGUGCGGUUGACGGUCUCGAGGAGUGCAAGAGAGAAAUAUGUUAUUAGGAUCUACGAAUCAAACAAAGAACCGCUCGUCUACGCCACACAUAUCGAGUACAGCCGCAUCGGCAAACAACAGAGCGAGCUCCUGACUCCAAUGAGGGCAGACCGGGAUACCGCCGUGAAAGCAUUCAAGACGUUGUUCCACGACAAGACGGGCAUGGAGUGGGAAAAUAGACUGGACGGGAUCUUACCCCCCUGUAAAAGAGAUGCGCAGGGGAACAUGUUGCCUCCUCAUGAGGGUUGGUUUUAUUACGAAAACCGAGAAGGGUCGAUAUCGAGUUUCCUUCGUGCGGAGGUGGUUGAGAUGACUGUGGAGGUUGAUGAUGGUCCUUCUGGAGAACAUGACAAUACUGUGGUGGCUGAGACACUGGAUCGGCCUACGGCUGACCUGCCUCUGGAUUUACAGGAGGCGGAGGCCAAGAAGGAGCACGAUGAAAAUAAUACCGUGGCGAACGAGACACGUACGUCUGAUCAGCCUCCGGAUUUGCAGGACGUGAAGGUUGAGCAGGAGCAAGACGAGAAGGACGAGGACGAGGCCGAGGGAUCGGUUGAACACGGCGGGUUGCAGGGGGAGGAUUGUGAUUUGACAACCUGA